AAAGUACGCCCCAAAUCAUUUUUUGUUGAAAAUUUGGAGUUGCUGCCCUUUUGUUUGUAUGUUGGGGAAUGAAGAGAGCAGAUUACACAUGCAUGGCUCCUCAUUUUCCCAGGGAUGAGCUGUGGGCUUUCCAUCUUUGGGUGUCCUUUGGGCAGUAACAAGUGGGGCAGGGCUGGACACAGUGUGUGGGAUUGUAGGACCAUUUUGUCUGCAUCAGGCCUAGUCAGUUCUGCUUCCCUUCUUCCCACGUGUCUUCCCCAGGUGACCUGUGCCUUGCAUGAGAUGCUGUCUGGGUCCCUAUGCCAGGACUCCAUUCAUGAACUCUUCCUACGGCUCUUACUGGCUGUGCUGUGUCAUCUCCACUGUGUGACUGACAAAUAUCCUUCCCUGGAGGUUGUCUGCAUGGAGAACCAGAGCCCAGGGAAGGACAGCAAGGUCUUUAACCCAGCUGGUUGUGCCUUGGAAGUGGUGAAGUUGCUGCUGACGGCUGCAUGUGGUGGAGUGUUGGCUGACACAGAAGAGCAGAAGUGCUGGGAGCUUCUAUGCAACCCCCGGUUAUACUACUUAGGGGUCAUAGAACUGACAAGUGGCAUUGUGAAGAACUGUGAGCCAGCCAUUCUGAAGUACGUCAAGAACUUCUUUUGCAGCCUGGAUAAUAGUCAGAAGAUCCUGUCCAGGAACAUCUAUGCAGAGCUCCUCUGUCAUCAAUCAGUGGCUGAGACUGUGAGACAGGACUUUGUGAGCAAUCUGUCCAGUUGGAUCACAGAGCCCAACAUCGUCAUCAAGGAAAUCGGGCUCCGUGGGAUCAGGAACCUAGCACUGCACCCAGGAAAAUCAGACACUUUGAAGACCCUGGUUCCCUUCUUAGAAGAACUCCUGAAGGAUGACGAGUGGUGAGUAAGGGCAGAGGUGGUGAAGGCCCUACAGAACAUCACCCACCAUGGGAACAGAGAGGACAUCAAGCUGGUCAUUGGCAGCAUCACUGAGCAACUGCAUGUACUCCUCAAUGAUGUAUGGGCCUAAGUCCCUGGGAGUAGUUGGGAACAAUAGGGGCUGGAGCUACAGAUGAACUGUUCAAGCUGAAUUAAGGAUUCUGGGGCUGGGCUACGGGACUGUGGUGGAA